UGCAAUGUACUUUCGUUCAUUGUAAGUACUAACCAUCCAAUCGUGAAGAUGCAAUAAAUUUUGCUCGAGUUUCUAAUUAAUAUUGCAUCUGGUCGUUGUCGACCAUAUUGUUACGAUGAAUACGGUGUUAGCACUCUAUGUAUGGACGGUAAUACAAAUAGGUUUCAUUCUCAUCGUUCGAGCAAAAAUGGCUGUCGAUAUUACAAUUUUCGGGAAGGAUGUCACUUAUAUUGAAGAGGAUCUUCCGCAAUGGAUGAGCGAGACGCAGAAGCUGUACCGAAAUAAAUCGAAAGACUCAAUGCUCGAAUCUGCGCCUAAUCAAUUAUUGAUCGAAAAGUCGUCAGCUGCAGCGAACCUACUAACCAAAAUGUUGAAGUCACUGCCGAAAAAUACGAAUAGCAAUACAGCAAGAUCUCUGGCGAACUGUAUUGACAACGAGGUGGAUCGGAGAAUUUUUUGGAAGAAAAUGAAAUCGAUGAAAUCUGCCGUGGAAAUUGUCAUCGAACGUUUCGAAACAGUUACAACUGGAGAGACAGUCGAUGCUGCAACCGUAGUGAAUGAGAUUGGCAUCGAACUGGGUGAAAUUAUUGUCGGAUUCACUGCGGCAUCAUCGACAUUCAGACACUAUCCGGAAUUAUUAGCUGACACAUUUCUUACGUUAGCAACGGUUUACAAUCAAUUUUACCCGAUUUUUUGGACAUCAAAUCAAUCAUCAAAUGCCAAUGUUACGAAGCUUCCUUGUCUUAUUGCUUCGGCGUUGGAAAAUUAUCGCGACUUCUAUACCGUUUGGCGAAUGAGUCGAAUGCAACCGGAAUAUCUAGAUUACGGAAGGACGAUCUAUCCUGGAUUGAAAUGUACUGCUCAAAUAAUUCAUUUUGAUGAGGUGGUGCAGGAACGGUUCAACCGGAACGGCUACUCCACCGAUUGGUCACGAUUCUGUUGGGCUACGGAUGGAUAUGAAUGUUCAAUAAAUUGCAAGCAAUGUGUCGAAGAUUUUUUGGACGACAAGCAUUACGAAACCAAUUGCUUCAGAGAAUUUCUGCAACACAUUCGGCAUAAAAUUGAACAGUUUUUCCAACCAUCGAUUGAUACGGCAAGAGAAUUGUGCGAGAAAUUUCACCGCAAAUAUUUCCUGCAGCCGAAAUAUCCAACAGGUUUCGGUUGGCUAUUCAUUCGGACACAAUUUUUCCUGAUCUCUGGUAAUCGCUGGUAUUCACACAAAAAUCCAUAUGCACUGAUAGAAGUCAAUGAAACCGAAGUUCUGCGAACACCCACCGUUCCGGAGUGUUCAUCCCGAUUUAUUGAUGGCACAUACACAACGGGAAGAAUUGGGAAAAACACAAGGAUUGGUAUGACGCUAUUCGAGCAGAAGACGAAUGGUGACAAUAGCCUUUUAUUGCGGCAAUCUCUGGCCGUUGAAGGGCUUUUUGAAAGUAAAAAUUCUCAUCACUUUCUGUGUGGAUCUACUAUUUGGAGGGAUGACUUCAGCACCGAUCCUCAAUUCGGCACAACAGUAUCGGCAGUGAGUUCAGGAACAGAUCCGAGUACAGACGUGGAUCAAGUGUGACGAGGUGAGUAUUCGAGUGUUUAUUUACCGGAUGUAGAUAGAUUUGGUUGUAGCAUUUUGAGUAUCAAGGAUUGCGUAACUUACACUAUUAUGAAAUGAAUUUCACAUUUAGUUUGAACUUGAUAUGACCUAAUGAAGACCAUCGUUUGAUAGAUGUUGAGCGAAUCAUUCGAAACAAAAAAUUUUUUUUUUGCUAAUUCUAGUAGUGACUUGCGUCACAUCGACUAUGCUACCACACGGGACAAAUGUUUGUUGUUGCACUUGUCACAUUGUGUUCCGCAAGGUUAAUUGGUUAAAUUGUGUGCAAUAUUUGAAGCAUUUAUUUAUAAAUUGUUUGUUUAUGAUGGUGAACGCGGAAAUCUAUUCAAAUAAAUUAGUCCGAGUGGA